UUUCUCUCGUUCCGCUGUGCGUUGGGCUUAAGAGUAAACUCGUGUUUUGAACUGUCAAUUUGUCGCGUCGGAUUAAAACCAAGCCUUCGACUAAAUCCCUCCUCAUUGACAGACUGGACACAUAAGGGCAGGUUGGAGAUCCAUUUAGCAGAUAGUCUCUUAAGCUCCUCGACAGGUGUAAGUUGUAAUGAAUGUCUGUCCUGGUAUGGGUUAACUCGCAGUGUACUCGCAGUGUAGACUUAUGUGGUCAUUUAUGGUGUAAACUGACCCUUUCGAUGGCUUAGUGCUGUCUGGGUGAUUUCUAUGAACUUUGACUGUCGGGCCCCUGUAGACUGAAACAUACCCAGACACUUAUUCUCAGCAAGAACAGUUUUUUUUUUCCUUUCCAUUUUUAGAAAGUAGAGUUUGACUAAAUUUUACCACAAGAAUGUUACAGAAGCCAGUCCUCACUUCCCUAUUUACAGAACUGGACAAAAAGGGGACAUCCCCAGUUGGACUUGUUAUAUCAACUCAGAAGCAGUUGUAUAAAUGUUGAAAUUGAACAUUGCAUUGUUAGAGCAGGCUCUAGUAGUUCAUAUAAGGUGCAGCAGUAGUUAAAGAGAAGAGGACUCUGUACAUGUAGGUCAGUAGUAGAAUGUAGCCUACGUGACUUUGAGAGAAACAAACCACGUUAUCAUUGAGAGUCCAAACUUAGCAAGAGAGUGAACACAUAGAAGCAUUCUUAAAGUGUGGGAUGGGUCGAAUGCUUGAUGUUUCAUGUGUUUUCAAUUAGCCACACAGGUGGUCACAACCGUAUCAUAGACUGUAGGCUCGAUGUCACUCUUGCAAUGAAUCUUGAGGCCUCCCAUUCACUCUUGUCUUCCAUGACACCAUCCAGCAAAUCUUCAGCUAUGUGCCAAUGUUUUGCUGUGCUGGAGGAUGGAGUGUUGGCACACAACCUGCAGGAACAGGAGAUCGAGCAAUACUAUACCACCAACAUCCAGAAGAACCAGCUGGUGCAGAAUGACAUCCGUGUAGCGAAAAAGAUGCAGAAUGAGGAGGAAGAGGAGCAAGCCCAGCAGAGCACACUCCACAGACAGGCCUCCAGACAACUAGAGGAGGAAGACUUUGAGUACGCCCGUGUAAUUCAGGAGGAGAUCCAGCGUUGUGCUGAGGAGGCCCAGAGGAGGGAGCAGGAAGAUGAGGAAAUAGCUAAAAAAAUGCAGGAAGAGGAGGAGCAGAGAAUCACGAGGAGGAGCAGAGGGCAGGAGGGCCAUCGUGAAGGCAGCGCCAGCGAUCCUGCACUGCCAUCCUCACACCAGCACACACUCAGCAGCCGUCGCCAAGGCGAGGAGCAGUACUCGUCUACCGCCACCAGGUGGCAAUAUCCUACCUCUCACAACCAUUCAGACUUAACUGGGCCUCAGGCUGACUCCCCCAGGGGGGUAGCAGCUCAGAAAAACACAACUUCAUGGUCAAAUCAAGGACACACAGAUUCCAUAAGGGAAACCAGGAGUGAAUUGAGAGAGCGUUUGAGCGAGGAUUCGGAGGACUCGGACACAGUUUUCCAUGAACAGCUCUCUGUCUGGUCCCAGAGACUGAGUGAAAGAUUCAACACGGCGCCUCCUCGAAGGCAGGCAUCUUUACAUCAGCCGCCUGAGAGAAACUACAGAAGUCUUUGCUCUCGCAGCAUCACAGAGGAGGAGAGAGGAGAGUGGAAUGAGGACCAUUAUGAAAAUGGUGACCUAGAGGAGAGGAGGCCUAAGAAUAGGGAUCAGGAAAGGAACCAUAGAGAGGAGUAUGAGGGUUUACACCAGAGCAGAGAUCAGGAUAGAGACUGUAGGUUAGUCGAAGCAAGAGAAAGGCGAUGCAGUCGCAGUGAAUCUGUCAGACUACCUGACAGGAGUAAACACAGCAACAGAGACUUAGCGAGAACCUGGAGUUGUAAGGACAACCCUGACAAACAUGUCCGUUUUCAGGACAACACCAGGAGCUCUCACAGGCGGCAGGAUGAAACCGGAGUCUGGGAGAUGCUGGGCCAGGUGCUCAGAGAGAGGGGCGUGCCUGUGAGGUUAGGCGGCAACGGGGCGCCACUACAAAUAAGGCCUCAAAGCAGAGACAGCCAGGUGCUUCACGGGAGCGAGGUCUCCUGUGGCGACUCCCAACCACAUCAGAGAGUCUUCCAGAGAGCUGCUGCCACCAGGCACAGUUUCCAUGGAGAUAUCAGGGAGAGGAGGAGAUCGUCAUACCAAGAGAACAGCAGGAGAGAUCACAGAGAAGACCGGCAGCGUAGAAAUGUGGAGCAUGACGGAAAGGUUCAUGAGAUUAGUAGUAGAGACUCCUACUUUGCUGAGAGAGAAAGGGGAGGCAGUGCAAGGUGGAAAGAGCACCGAUAUAAUAACGAUGACGAGAGGGAGAGGAAUGCAAACGAUCGCAGGGUCAAGAGGACAACGAGCCAACGCAAGCAUUGGCACAGGACCACGGAAGAAAGGUUAAGCUCAGAGGAGGAGCAGGAGGUGGAGAGAAGAGUAGAGCGGCCCCGUCGAAAACUCUCACAGCGUAGCCAAAGCCUCAGCAGCAGCGGGGCUUCAACCAGCGAUAGGUCGAGGAACGUGGCAGCAGGAGAGUCACUGCAACCAGAGCGUGGCGAGGCAAGCCUGGACCUGGGGGAGCUGCGGCAGGUCCUACAGGAUGAAGAACUGGCUCACAAGCUGCAGGAUGAGGAAGAACAGCUGUUGAGGAGGACUUCCCAGCCCUCUCCGCGUAUUUCUUACCCAGAGGGAGACUUCAGAGUAGCACAAGUGGCACAGGAUGAGGAAAUUGCGCGCUUUAUGCAGAAGCAGGAGGUGAAGUCAAAGCGAAGAUCGCGUGAGCUAGAAGGGCCGGCGUCGUGGCGCGAGCACAGAGCGAUGAUCAGUCACCAUGACAGACGGGCUGCGAGAGACAGACCGGUCCAACGAGAGAGGCUUGACUCGGAGGGCCUUCCUUCCCCCACUGAGGACUGCUCCCCAGACAACCAGCCACCCAGCCCCUUCUCCACUAUACCACAAACCCAGCAGAUCAGAAACAUUGCAGAAGAGCUGGACCCGACCUUCCAGGCCAGGAGACAGGAUACAGAGAGCCUCAGAGUGGGACAAGCAGGGCCAGCCUGUCAGUCACUUCCCGUGCCACAUUCUGGCUUACACGACUCACUCGAGGAGCCUACUUUCAUCCCACCCACAAAACGGCAAACAGAUAAAUCAGGACGGACUAAACCCAAAGAGAAGAAGGAGAAUUGCAAGCAGCAAUAGUUUUCAACACAUUGUGAUGUUGGAGUGCAUUUAUAUAUACUGUAUAUAUUUUAUAACACUAAAUAUCAGCUGCAGAGCUCUCGUUACUUAUUGUAUUACUUUAAGGUUGAAGAUUACAAGAAUGAAGUUCUCUCUACCAGCCACCCCUACUAGCACUUUAGACCAGUGGAAGAAUGAAGAGAGAGAAUUGAGACAUUUUGCAAUAUUUCUUGAUUGAGUGAAUAAUGACAUCACUUUGGACUGGUGCUUUUUUUUUUAUAAUUUUUAAAGGGAAAAUGUAGGAUUAUUGAAGUAUUGCAUGAAUUCUUCAGUGUUAAUGAUACACUACCUUUUUUGUAAAUUAUAUUUGUAACUUUUAUUUGUUUUUAUUUAGUUAAACAGUGAGCAUCCAUCCAUUUUCUUUAACCGCUUUGUGUUGUCAUGUUGUUUGGUGGAGGCACGGUGGUGCAGUGGUUCGACUGUUGCCUCACAGGCACAGAGGGUUCUGGGUUCAAACCCACCAGCCAGCUUGGGUUUUCUUCCUUAAUUUGCAACCCUGAUAGAUUGAUUUAGAGUCAGUUUAGAGGUGCCAAUGAAGGGAUAAAUUCCAAGCUGGCUGUUGGGUUUCAACCCAGGAUCUGUGGCGCCACCGAAGAACAUCCAAAAUGUCAAACGACAAAACAAUAAUUACUCUGAUUACUAUAAUUACUAAGACUUCCACUUUCGGAGUGUCUGCCAACUUUGUGUCACAGCAGCUUGGCAGGGCUCUAGCCAUGUUUACAAGAGUACAAUGACAAUCAAAAGAACUUAUUUAACCCUUAUUAAAUGGGAAAACCCGUUUUAAAGGACGCUAACAAAAAAAAACAUGUUACAACAAUCAUCAAAGUAUGUGUAGGGAUGCACCGAUCUGACUUUUUCAGUCCAGAUACCGAUACCUUGGCUUUGGGUAUUGGCCGAUACAGAGUACCGAUCCGA